AUGGAACGAUCAUCAGAUAAUCUCGUUGGCCGAAAUGAGCACAUCAUUGACAUUCCGAGAAACGCCGCCAUUGCUUCCUCUUCUCAUGAUAGAAUCUCAAACGUUAUGGAGCCUCUACAGUUUGAAGAGGAGAGACCAUCGACUUCUCCUCCUGUGCCUGUUUCUCAGCCAGCUACAGCUACAGCUUCUUCUUCUUCUUCGUCUAUGCGGUCAAAUCCUAGAAGCAUCCGCCGCAGAAGAAGUCCUUUGAAUUCAGGUUUAUGGAUCUCCAUCGAACUGCUCCUCACUGUUGGUCAGAUCAUUGCGGCGAUCGUCGUUUUGUCUUUGUCGAAACAUGAGCAUCCUCGUGCACCGUUGUUCGCUUGGAUCGUGGGCUAUGCGUGUGGAUGCGUUGCCACGCUCCCGCUUUUGUACUGGAGAUAUUAUCAUUCGAAUCAGGCCUCUGAACAGGACUCUGGCCAGCAUCGUCCUAAUCUUAACGUCGCAGCGGGACCGUUCGCCUUCUCGAUAUCCAGGACAUCUGAAGGUGAUGGUCGACAGACCAAUGCUACGCCUUCUCGUGCUAGUAGAUAUCAUGGCUUCAUAACUGCUGCCAGACUUAAAGUUAUUGUGGAAUACUUCAAGAUGGCUCUGGACUGCUUCUUUGCGGUGUGGUUUGUGGUAGGUAAUGUAUGGAUAUUUGGAGGGCACUCAUCUGCAGCCGAGGCUCCUAACUUGUACAGGUUAUGUUUAGUGUUUCUUACCUUUAGCUGUAUCGGCUACGCGAUGCCCUUCAUCCUCUGCACAACGAUAUGCUGCUGCUUGCCGUGCAUAAUCUCAAUUCUCGGAUACAGAGAAGAUCUAACUCAACCUCGAGGUGCCACGUCUGAGUCGAUAAAUGCAUUGCCGACUCAUAAGUUUAAGUUAAAGAAGAGCAGAAGUAGUGGCGAGGACAAUGGUUCAAGUGUUAGCGAAGGUGGAGUUGUGGCGGCUGGAACAGAUAACGAACGUACGAUUUCAGGAGAAGACGCUGUAUGUUGCAUUUGCUUAGCUAAGUAUGCGAACAACGAGGAGUUAAGAGAGCUUCCAUGCUCACACUUCUUCCACAAAGAGUGUGUUGACAAAUGGCUCAAGAUCAAUGCCUCUUGCCCUCUUUGCAAGAGCGAGGUUGGGGAGAAAAACUCUGAUUUGACAAGCCAGGGGGUUUUAACCUCGCUCUCCUCUGGGGAAAAUGAUAGCAAUCAGCAACCGCAACAACAGCAACAGCGGAAUGAACAUAGAGUUGAGAGUGGUUUGGCCUAG